AUGCAUACCGUACCCAAUCAGCAGUCAGAUCCGACCUCAGAUGGCGUUCAAGCACUGGAAUACAAUAGGGAACAUGGUGAUCAAGAGGGGCAGCAGCAUAAAGACCAAAGAAGCCACACACUAGAUUCGGAUCAAGAUGUUGAAUAUCUCUAUCUCAACUUUGACACAACCUUGCCACACCCCAUGGGCAUCUCUUCCCCGCAGCCGGGUCAAGCGUCUCCACCACCAUGCCCCAAUCUCACAAAGUACGCUUCACCCUUCUUAUGGGCCGAAUCCCGCAAGACCGUCGUCACGAUUAUCUCUUGCUGCGUAACAGCUAUGUCGGCUUACGCUGCGGGAUCGGUUGUAUACAACCUGGGAAUUUCUCUAUAUACCCUAGGCUUCGCUAUCGCUCCGAUGGUGCUGGCACCCUUCUCGGAAAUUAAUGGCAGGCGACCUAUCUUUGUGUCUAGCGGCCUUGUUUUUACCGUGUGUUUGAUCGGAUGCGGUGCCACGGAAUCUUUUGCUGGCAUGCUUGUGGCAAGGUUUUUUCUUGGUGUUGGCGGAUGUAAGCUACCCUGCCUUGUACCCCUCCUGCUGUACUACACUACCUUUUCGACCAUGGUAGGCGGCGUCAUUAGUGAUAUAUAUCAUGCUGAACACCGCAAUGUCCCCAUGUCGUGCUUCUCAGGCGCAGUUCUCUUUGGGACGGGCUUGGGGCCACUCAUUCCUGGUUUCAUAGAUUACCAUGCCAAUUGGCGCUGGAUCCACUACUCCCAAGCCAUUGCUUCUGCAGUCUUAAUGAUUGUCCUCUUUGUCUUUCUCAACGAAACUCGGGGGAGCGUGCUUUUAAGCCGAAAAGCUAAAGCCCUCAAUAAGUACUACGACGCACUGGAAAGUGCAGGCUAUGUUGGCGUUGUGUUUUGCUCAGACAACGACAUCAAGGGAAAACAACAACCCAGACGCAUACGGUGGAAGGUAAAAAGCGAUGAAGAGCGGGAGAGUAUAACUAAGAUGAUCACCAUAUCCUGCGUUAGGCCGUUCCACCUCCUGUUCACAGAACCCGUGGUUUUCUUCUUUUCACUUUGGGUCUCGUUUAGCUGGGCGGUCCUGUAUCUCCAGUUCAUUGCGAUUCCAAUCGUCUUUUCGACCAACUACCAUUUCAAUGUGGAACAGACCGGGGCAGUCUUUGCAGCGGUAUCUAUCGGUGCACUGCUGGCUACCCCGUUGAGCAUCUACCAGGAGAAGUUUGCGAUGCGGGUUGGCAAGAUGUCGAGCACCCCAGAAGGACGUUUGUAUUUCACAUGCGUUGAGUCCAUUAUGCUGCCUAUUGGUCUAUUCUGGUUUGGAUGGACAUCGUUUUCCUCGGUCCCGUGGAUCGUGCCGACAAUUGCUGUGGGAUGUUCCACAAUAGGCAUUUUCUCCAUCUACUUGGCCGCCUUCAACUACCUUGCUGAUACUUAUCAUCGAUACGCCAGUUCAGCGAUUGCUGCGCAGUCAUUCUGUUCGUCUCGCUUGUCGAAAUGUUAUGGGUGCCAUAUUCCCGCUGCGGCCUCCAGCCUUCUUGGGGGGAUUGGCGUUCUUCUGACAAUCGUGCCCUGGGUCCUCGUAUUCUAUGGACCUCAAAUCCGUGCCAGAAGUAAAUUUGCAAGAAAUCAUGAAUCAACAUUAGGGUCCUCGGAAACCUGGCUAGGUUCGCUGACACGACAUGCCAUUGAGAUCAAGAUCUCAAAAAAUGUUGGCUUCGCUCGACAGCAUUAA